AUGGUGAAGCAGAAAAACCACACCGCCCGUAACAAUACGGUGAAGGCCCACCGCAACGGGAUCAAGAAGCCAAAGAUCCACCGCUUCACCUCGACGCGAGGCCUGGACCCCAAGUUCUUGCGCAACCAGCACUGGGCCAAGAAGUUUGACAAGAAGCACCGCAACCGCAAACUGAAGAACAAGGUUUGUGGAAACGCCACUACUGUUUGCAUCAUUGAUGCACCUCUUCGUACUCGAGAAGAGGUGCAUGUGCACUUGCGACUCGGUAUCUGA